GCCGUGCGCCCCUCCGAGGACCGGGGGCCGUCCGGGCUGCGCCGAGCCCCGCCGCGGUGGCCCGAGGCGACGAGCGAGGCCGGGAGAAGGUUCCGCGCCGGCGCCGGGAGCGCUGCCUCCAAGGGUCAGCCACAGCGUGUCUCUCCAGGAAGACUCCACGAUGAAAAAGGCAACCCACAGUUGCUUCUUACUGAUCAUCCUUCUAAUUAGAAUGGUUCCAAGUCUUUCUUCUACUGUAAAUUAUACUGAUCCUACAUUAGAGCCUGUAGUAACUGAAAACUCAGUCAUACGACAGAAGAUAAUAGAUUCGCAGUUCAAGUGCUAUGAGAGGAUGAACAGAGCUCCUCCGUAUAAGAAGAAAGGUUUGUUCUGCAACCGAACAUGGGAUGGCUGGUUGUGCUGGGACGACACACCUGCUGGAAGAAUCACUGCUCAGAAUUGUCCGGAUUAUUUCCCAGACUUUGAUCCAACUGAGAGGGCUUCAAAAUACUGUGAUGAAACUGGAAACUGGUUCCGGCAUCCUGAGAGCAACCGAACUUGGUCCAACUACACCCUGUGCAACUCCUUCACCUCGGAGAAACUGAAGAUGGCGUUCAUACUUUAUUAUAUGGCGAUCGUUGGCCAUGCUUUGUCUAUAACAUCCCUGUUGAUUUCCUUGGCAAUUUUCUUCUAUUUCAAGAGCCUCAGCUGUCAAAGGAUAACACUGCAUAAGAAUUUGUUUUUUUCUUACGUGCUGAACUCGGUGUUUACAAUCGCCCACCUCAUUGCUGUCGUGCCUAACCCCGGCCUGGUGAAGAGGGACCCUGCCAGCUGCAAGGUGCUGCAGUUCUUUCACCAGUACAUGCUGGGCUGCAACUACUUCUGGAUGCUGUGUGAAGGCAUUUAUCUGCACACGCUGAUCGUGGUGGCUGUGUUUGCUGAGGAGCAGCGUUUGCACUGGUAUUACCUCUUGGGCUGGGGGUUCCCUUUAGUGCCAGCAUCUAUUCAUGCUGUUGCAAGAGCCAAAUACUUCAAUGACAACUGCUGGAUGAGUGUUGACACGCACUUGCUCUAUAUUGUUCAUGGACCUGUAAUGGCAGCUCUAUUGGUCAAUUUUUUCUUUUUGCUUAAUAUCGUCCGAGUUUUGGUGACAAAGCUGAGAGACACCCACCGUGCCGAGUCCAACAUGUACAUGAAGGCUGUCAGAGCCACUUUGAUCCUGGUGCCCUUACUGGGAAUUCAGUUUGUUAUUAUUCCCUGGAGACCAGAGAACCGACUCGCUGGGGAAAUAUACGACUACAUCAUGCAUAUAUUAAUGCAUUACCAGGGCUUACUUGUGGCGACCAUAUUCUGCUUCUUCAAUGGUGAGGUACAAGGAGCUCUGAAGCGGCAAUGGACACAGUACAAAACCCAGUGGGGGCAGAGGCGCCGGGAGCACUGCUCCACACGCUCCACCUCCUACACCGCCACGUCCAUCACAGAGGUCCCCGUCUACCUCUACCAUCACGACUCCAACAACGAGCAGCUGAACGGAAGGUAUGCAGAGGACUCUGAACUCGUUGCACUAAAAUCUGGAGAGACGUCUGCCUAGCUCAGCACCAGCCAUCGCAGAGACAUCGCUGCACAUCCUGCUCGUGACUGGCGCGGGGAGAAGGGUGGGAGUUGGAAAUCCAAGUCACUUGGGAGAGGGCAAGACCAGGUAAAGGACACAUCAUGGUCAAACCACACCAGCCUCGUCAGCAGUGGCACAGAGGGAGCGUCACAGCCCUGGGAACAGCCUUUCUCCCUGCGCUCUGCAGCAGAGAGCAAACACAGACCUGUCCACCCAGCUGUGUCCCCUCCACAUCUCCUGGUACCAGCUAUGUGAGGUGACCAUCCAACAGCUGUGUCCCCUCCACGUCUCCUGGUACCGGCCAUGUGAGGUGACCAUCCAACAGCUGUGUCCCCUCCACGUCUCCUGGUACCAGCCAUGUGAAAUGACCACCCAACAUCUGUUACCGUGCCAUAACAAAGAGGAAAGAAGGAACCAGUACAUGGCAACUGGAAACUUUCAGCGGUUUUUGCUUUCGGUACUUUUCUUUAACACUAUAUUUUGAACUAUCAGCUUUCACAAGGUGUAACUGGCUUGGAGUCCUCUACUUUUCCCCUUUUAAUGAGCUUGAUGACUUCUUAAAAGAUUUUGCGUGUUGCAAGACAAAUCAAACAGAUGAACAGAAAGUCACUCCAAAGCAUUCAAAUCUUGAUGAUCUCCAAAGGAUAGCCCAAAAUACAACCAUCCCCAAAGGAUAGCCCAAAAUAUCCUAAUCUCAUUAGCGAGUGCAUAAAACAAAUGAAGGUAAAAUAGUUAUUGUACACCAAGAUCCCAACACCCUCAGGGAAAGAGAGUGGGUCUUUAGGCUGCCUAAGAUGCCACAGAAACCCUGAAGGCAUCUCAAAAUAGUUUAACAGUAUUGGUAGUUGAAGAAUAUUUAUUUAUAGGAAAAAUUGUCACCUUAUUACUCUGCCCAGAAACUCAUCAUUAAGGCACAAUUCUUUCACUCUGAAUGAACUGUGAAAUUUGUUUGGAAAUGAUUAUUUUCUUUAAUAGCCAUUCUGAGAUGAAGGCUAGAUGAAAGCUUGCCUCUGUAAUAAAAUUAUGAUCGUGGCAGUAAAGGAUCCCAGGUAAGAAAUGAGAAACUAAUGUCUUAGCAGGGGAAGCAUCUAUUUUUAGACUCCUUUGCUGCUCCGAGUCCCUGGUUGUUGAAGGUGAUGAUUUCAUGUGUGUGUCUGUCAUCAGGGAAACAUGAUGAAUGUACAGUUUUGUGAGUAAAAAGCACCUUUUAUUGCAUAUUCAAAGCAUCGUUAGAGUCUUGAUGUGAUUACCGAGGCAGAAAUCUGGUCAGGGAGAAGCUGGUUUGCAGUUAGAAGUUACAGAACUGUCACUGCAAAAGUUCUGCAAAAUCACAAAAGAAAGAAAGCAGAUGAAUAUCCCCCAUGAAGCUAAUUGUGCAGAAUCUGCAAGCAGCAAGGCCAGUGCCAAGGAAGCUUUUCAGGGCUGUGACUCCUAUGGAGUUUUAUUCAGAAAUAUUUAGUGAAUAUAAUGUCAUUCGUUCUUGCAUAUCUCUGAAAAAUUGUCCUCCAGAUUCCUCACUCCUUUGCCUUUGGCUGACACGUGCAUGGGAUGUUUCAAAUGCGAACGACCUCAGGAUGCUCAUCACAGUCCUUAACUCUGAGGGAAUCUGGACGGUUGAUGGUCCCCGUUGUUUUCCCUGCUCAGACACCUGCCUGCUGCUUCCACCCCUGCCCGAGCAGGGAGACACCCCGAGGAGGGGGCAGCUGCAGGUGACAGGGGUGGCACUUGCUCGUCUCAAGUGUCUAGAUUCCAGCCCUGACCUGGGGUUGUGAAAAUACUGCCCUGCGUGGCAGAGGAGCAGGAGGGACAGAAUGCCACAGGGCAGCUGCUCUCCUGGGAUUUCUGCUGCUGCUUCCAUCCAUAAGGGUUUUUCUCCUUAGUGCUGCAUCAGGUACUUAAGCAUCGUGGGUUAUAAUAGUCUAAAUCCAGACCUUGUCUGAUAGUAAAGGAGAAGAGAAAAACUGAAAUAAGGCACUUGAGCUAAAUAGCAGUUGCUUUGAGGUAACUUUGGGGGUUAGGGAGGCCCUGACCCUGCGGGUGUGCUGAGGAGGGACCCCGGGACUGGGUGCCAUGAGCUAGAAUGCACUCGAGAGACUCCCAUAGACAGACAUCAUAAACUGCUCCUGCCAUAAACCUUGACAAUCUAUGUCAGAUCCUAUUGAAAUUAGAGGAUAAAUCCCUGUUG